UUGUGAUUGUGAGUCCUGUGAGUGUAAGUUAAGGCAAACAGUGAGGUUUUCUAAUUGAAUAGCGUCGGCCGGCGAAGCAAAACAAAACAAAAUGGCAACUGGCGGUGCCGACAUCUCGGCGACGAUAGUGAAUUCUCUACAAGAGGUUAAGCGCCGGUCCGGCAAGAGCUACAGUCAGAUAGCGGAGGAAACUGGACUGACCAACGUCUAUGUUUCCCAGCUUCUCAAGCGACAAGCCCACCUCAAGCCCGAAACCGCCCCAAAGCUCAAGGAAGCCUUGCCGGACCUUACCGACGCCCAUCUCCAUGAUAUGAUGCAAGUUCCCCCAUUCAGGUCCUACGACCCCCAAAUCAUCCAAGAUCCUACCGUUUACAGAUUGAAUGAAGCAAUUAUGCACUUUGGUGGGAGCAUAAAGGAAAUUAUCAAUGAAGAAUUUGGAGAUGGAAUAAUGUCAGCAAUAGACUUCUACUGUUCUGUUGAUAAGAUUAAAGGCGCGGAUGGGAAAGAUCGCGUGGUUGUCACAUUGGAUGGAAAAUACUUGCCCUUCUCUGAGCAGAAAACUGAUGACAUGAUGUCAAGAUCGAGGCCUCAGCAGAAGUGAGUUCUUCUUGAUGCUGCUCUGUUUCAAUGGAAUGAGUUCUUCUUGGUAAGAGGAUGAAGAAGGAAUAAUAAGGGUUUGUGAUGCUUUCCUUAUUAUGCAUACUCUAUGAACAUCCAAACUCUUUGAAUAUUUGUGUGUUUAUUAUCCUAGUUUCUGAACAGUGAAUACUCUAAACUCUUUGAUUUCCUGUGCUACACAAUACCCAAAUUGGAUCAUGUUAAUCUUCUCUA